AUGGCUCCCUCGGCAGAUCCCAUAUCCCAACCGAUGAACGGCCACAUCAAACAAAGGGUAUCUUCCCGGCUCUUCUCACUGAGCCAGAAACCCUCUCUUUCGGCCUUUAAAGAGCUGACGGCGCAGACUACUCACGCCUCGACAUACCCUCUCGCCAAUUCCUUGGCAUCCAAUAUCCCCGUCUAUGACCUGUCAGGUUACGAUGUGGCAGAUGCAGCAACCAUAUCGCGCCUCUCCGAUGAAUGGAAUCACAUUCUACUGUCUGGUCCCGGAGUCUACAUACUACGGAACUUUCUCCCUGACAUUCCUCUCAUCGACACAGUGAAUGAAGUCUUUGAAAGUAUCAUCGAUGCCGAGCGAGCAACAGCCAGGGGAGACCAUUUCGCGGCCGUAGGGAGUAACAGUCGGAUCUGGAACUCCUAUCAAAAGCAUGCUGAGAAAGACCCCGCCACCUUCGUCCGCUACUAUUCCAACCCUUGGCUCGUGCAUGCUGCCGAAUCAUGGCUUGGCCCUGCUUACCAAGUGACAGCCCAGGUCAAUAUGGUGCACCCAGGUGGAAAGCCGCAGAUGGCGCACCGAGACUACCAUAUUGGCUUCCAAACUGCCGAGGAGAGCGCCAAAUUUCCCAGAUCCAUGCAUGUUGCAAGCCAAUUCCUGACUCUACAAGGAGCUGUCGCCCAUUCAGACAUGCCACUGGAGACUGGACCGACUCGCUUCCUGCCAUACUCGCAGAUGUUCGAGGACGGCUUCAUGGCUUAUCGCUUGCCUGAGUUCAGCGACUACUUUAAUCAGAGUUGGGUCAGUGCUCCUCUGUCGAAAGGCGACGCUGUCUUCUUCAAUCCAGCCUUGUUCCAUGCCGCGGGCCAAAACGACAGCAACGACAUAGAGCGUAGUGCGAAUCUACUCCAGAUCAGUUCAGCAUUUGGCAAGACCAUGGAAUCUAUUGACACACAGAAGAUCAUAGAGAAUGCGUGGUCUCAUGUCGUUGCCCUGCACAAACGGGAAGGUUUUAGUCCUGCGGUAGAAGCCGCCAUCAAAUCCAUUGGCGACGGCUAUCCUUUCCCGACCAACUUGGACUGCCGACCUCCUCAAUCUGGAGGCAUGGCGCCCGAAAGCGAGCAACAGCUGCUUACCAGGGCAUUGCGAGAAGGGCGGGAUGAGAAGGAGACCGUUGCAGCGGCCCGGCAAAUCAGACUAGACUCGCUUCCAUAA